UUGACCACUCAAUCCCUAUGUAAGAAAUCGAACAUCCCAGAGAGUACUGCUUGGCAGAAAACAAAUGGCAUUAUCAUCAUCCCCAUUAGUAUAUCUAAAACACUGCAUCCAAUCUUCACAACAUUCAACCAUGACUUCUCAAAAACUCCUCACUGAAUGCAGCAUUUUAAGUAGUAGUAGUGGUAGGAGUAGGAGGCGUAGAACAAUUACAAUAGCAACAGUGAGUAGUAUAAUGCUGUUAUCAAAACAAGCAAUCUUGACACCAGAAAUUGGUCAUUGCUUAGACUUAAGAAUGACAGUUCCAGACCAAAGCUUGGAAGAAGCGGAAGAAGGACUCGGAACUCAUGUUCGAGAUUUAGUAAAUGUUAAAGAGUUGAUUGAAUUGGAGUCAUGGAGAGAAACACAAAAAGCUUUAAGAAAGAGUUCAUCGCUAUUAAAACAAGAUAUCUAUACUAUAAUUCAAGCUAAACCAGGUAGCGAAAGAUCUCUGCUCAGGAAACUCAAUUCAGAACUCUUCAACAGUGUUACAAAACUAGACUAUGCAGCAAGGAACCAGGAUUCAGCCCUUGUUCAAGAGUGCUAUGGGAAAAUAAUUGUUGCCUUAGAUAGUAUGCUAUCAAGAUUAUAGGCUUGAUUUCCUUUAGCAUGUCAGCUUCUGGAAAUAAGUACUUUUUUUUUCUUCAGUUCUUCCUAUCAAUUAGAUUCACAAUGUGUUCUGGAAGGAAGCAAGUGAUCCUUCAUGACAUCCAUGCAUCUAGGACGUUUCUCCCAAUUCACUAGAGCAAAAUGUUAGCGACUUACUAUAAAAACCAAAUCCUUACUCUCUUAAGACUUCAGUUCAUGGUCCAAGGCUUCUCAUCUUACCUUUGACGUCCUGUACCUAUUCAAAGAACUAGAUAGUUGGCAAUAGAGAUGACGAAGAGUUCGAGUGGUAGUUCAGGCAGAUCGGUUAUCACUUCACCGUCAGGACGCAUGCCUAUCGUUAUAAAAUGUGCAGUACCAGUGAUUAUGUUGGCAUCGGUGAUUUCCACAACUGAAGCUACCAGCCCGUAGUAGUCGAGUCCAAAUAAGUAACCACCCAAGAAGAUGCCGUCGUCGUUGCUGUUGCCCAAUGAAGAGUCAAUUUUUUACAUGCUUCAAUACAAUUGGGUAUGUCACAAUGAACUGUUAUUUGGCUUUCAUUGAUUAAUUAGUGGGAUAUCACAUACAUGACAGCUUGCUGCUCAAGUCUUACGAAUGCUGGUUGGGAUUGCUUUAGUUCUAACUUCAGUAGAUAUAAAGGUCUCUUUGAAGUUUGUAAAACAGUGUAACUGAAUCCUGUUAUCACUCUUGGAAGUUGCAGUCCACGUCUUUCUUGAA